GGUCCCGCGCGCGGGGGCCGCCGCAGUUCCCGCCUGGGCAGCCGCCCCCCGCCCGCGCGCCGAGUCCCCCGCCGCGAGCGCGGCCCGCCCAACCGCCACGCUGGAGGAGCGCCGGAGGACCGAGCCCCGGAGAAUGGAGGAUGAGGCGGUGCUGGACAGAGGGGCUUCCUUCCUUAAGCAUGUAUGCGACGAAGAAGAAGUGGAAGGCCAUCACACUGUCUACAUCGGGGUCCACGUGCCUAAGAGCUAUAGGAGAAGGAGACGCCACAGAAGAAGACCUGGGCUAAAGGAGAAGAAGGAAAGAGAAAAAAUAUCUGAGUACUACUCCGACAAAUCAGAUGUAGAAAAUGCGGAUGAGACGAGCAGCGGCAUCCUUAAACCACUCAUCUCCCCCGCUGCCGAGCGAAUCCGCUUCAUUUUGGGUGAAGAAGAUGACAGCCCUGCACCCCCUCAGCUCUUCACCGAACUGGACGAGCUUCUGGCUGUUGAUGGACAAGAGAUGGAGUGGAAGGAGACGGCAAGGUGGAUAAAGUUUGAAGAGAAAGUGGAACAGGGCGGAGAGAGAUGGAGCAAGCCUCAUGUCGCGACGUUGUCCCUGCACAGCUUGUUCGAACUGAGGACGUGUAUAGAGAAAGGAUCCAUCCUGCUGGAUUUAGAGGCCACUUCUCUCCCUCAGGUAGUGGAGAUGGUUGUUGACAAUCAAAUUGAGACGGGCCUGUUGAAACUAGACAUGAAGGACAAGGUCACCUACACGCUGCUCAGGAAGCACCGGCACCAGACCAAGAAAUCCAACCUACGCUCUCUGGCUGACAUCGGGAAGACCGUCUCCAGUGCAAGUAGGAUGUUUACCAACCCUGAUAAUGCACGCAGCCCACUUGAGAGUUCUGUGCCCUGCCUAGCAACCCGCACGUUGGAUGAUGAAAUCCGAGUGCAGCGCAGCCCCAGCGUGGGAUGGCUAAGCAGUCCAGCCAUGACUCAUAGAAACCUGACUUCCACCAGUCUGAAUGACAUCUCUGACAAACCUGACAAAGAGCAGCUGAAGAAUAAAUUUAUGAAGAAAUUGCCCCGUGAUGCUGAGGCCUCCAAUGUGUUGGUUGGUGAGGUAGAUUUCUUGGAAAACCCUUUCAUUGCCUUCGUCCGGCUGCAGCAGGCAGUUAUGCUGGGUGCUCUGACUGAAGUCCCCGUUCCUACCCGAUUCCUAUUCAUUUUGCUGGGUCCGAAGGGAAAAGCGAAGUCCUACCAUGAGAUUGGUCGAUCCAUUGCCACUUUGAUGUCCGAUGAGGUGUUCCAUGACAUUGCCUAUAAAGCCAAAGACAGGCAGGACCUGAUCGCUGGAAUCGAUGAGUUUCUGGAUGAAGUCAUUGUGCUUCCACCUGGGGAGUGGGACCCUGCCAUCAGGAUAGAGCCCCCCAAAUCUCUCCCAUCUUCUGAUAAAAGGAAAAACAUGUAUUCGGGUGCGGAGAACAUACAGAUGAAUGGAGACACGCCUCAUGAUGGGGGCCAUGGAGGUGGGGGCCACGGUGACACUGAAGAACUACAACGAACUGGCAGAUUUUGUGGUGGUUUAGUCAAAGACAUAAAGAGGAAAAUACCUUUCUUCGCCAGUGACUUCUAUGAUGCUUUAAAUAUCCAAGCUCUUUCAGCCAUUCUCUUCAUCUACCUGGCCACAGUGACCAAUGCUAUCACUUUUGGAGGUCUGCUUGGUGACGCUACAGACAACAUGCAGGGCGUGUUGGAGAGCUUUCUGGGCACAGCAGUCACUGGAGCGGUCUUUUGCCUUUUUGCUGGUCAGCCACUCACAAUUCUGAGCAGCACAGGACCUGUCCUUGUCUUUGAAAGACUCCUGUUUAAUUUCAGCAAAGACCAUGACUUUGAUUACUUGGAGUUCCGUCUCUGGAUUGGCCUGUGGUCAGCCUUCCAGUGUCUUGUUCUGGUUGCUACUGAUGCCAGCUUCCUGGUCAAAUACUUCACCCGCUUCACAGAAGAGGGAUUUUCCUCCCUGAUCAGCUUCAUCUUCAUUUAUGAUGCUUUCAAGAAGAUGAUCAAGUUAGCAGACUAUUACCCAAUCAAUUCCCAUUUUAAAGUGGACUAUAUCACAUUUUACUCCUGUGUCUGCAUGCCACCAGAGCCAGAUAAUAGUUCAGUAUUUAAUGAGACGACAGCAGCGCCAGUUGAUUGGCUGACCAGUUCCUCUGCUGAGAAGUACAAUAACACGGUCGACUGGCCAUCUCUGACAAAGAAGGAGUGCUGGAAAUAUGGAGGCUACCUUGUGGGCAACAACUGCAACUACGUCCCUGACAUCACCCUCAUGUCUUUUAUCCUCUUCUUUGGCACCUACACCUGCUCCAUGGCCCUGAAGAAAUUCAAAACCAGCCGUUAUUUCCCAACCACUGCCAGGAAGCUCAUCAGUGAUUUUGCCAUUAUCUUGUCCAUUCUGAUUUUCUGUGGAAUAGAUGCCCUAGUAGGUGUGGAUACACCGAAACUAAUUGUGCCAAGUGAAUUCAAGCCAACCAGCCCCCACAGAGGCUGGUUCGUCCCACCCUUCGGAGGGAACCCCUGGUGGGUGUACCUUGCAGCAGCCAUCCCUGCACUGCUGGUGACCAUUCUCAUCUUCAUGGACCAGCAAAUCACAGCCGUCAUCGUCAACAGGAAAGAGCACAAGCUCAAGAAAGGUGCUGGCUAUCAUCUGGAUUUGUUUUGGGUGGCUGUUCUGAUGAUUAUAUGUUCCUUCAUGGCCCUGCCCUGGUAUGUUGCUGCUACUGUGAUCUCCAUUGCCCACAUCGAUAGCUUGAAGAUGGAGACCGAGACCUCAGCACCUGGAGAACAACCCAAGUUUCUGGGAGUGAGGGAGCAGAGAGUCACUGGAAUCAUUGUAUUCAUUCUCACUGGUGUGUCAGUCUUUAUGGCUCCCAUCUUGAAGUUUAUACCGAUGCCUGUGCUCUAUGGAGUGUUCCUAUACAUGGGUGUUGCUUCCCUUAAUGGAGUGCAGUUCAUGGAUCGUCUGAAGCUGCUUCUGAUGCCUCUGAAACAUCAGCCUGACUUCAUUUAUCUGCGUCACGUCCCGCUGCGCCGGGUCCACCUGUUCACGUUCUUGCAGGUGGUGUGUCUGGCCCUCCUCUGGAUCCUCAAGUCAACUGUGGCUGCUAUAAUCUUCCCAGUCAUGAUCCUGGCACUUGUGGCAGUCAGAAAAGCCAUGGACUACCUCUUCUCCCAGCAUGACCUCAGUUUCCUUGACGACGUCAUUCCAGAAAAGGACAAGAAGAAGAAAGAGGAUGAGAAGAAGAAGAAAAAGAAGAAGGGCAGUCUGGAUAGUGACAAUGAUGAUUCCGACUGCCCCUACUCAGAAAAAGUCCCAAGUAUUAAAAUUCCAAUGGACAUCAUGGAACAGGAACCUUUCCUAAGUGAUAGCAAACCUUCCGACAGAGAAAAAUCACCAACAUUCCUUGAACGCCAUACAUCGUGCUGAUAAAAUUCCUUUCCUUCAGUCACACACUAUGCCAAGCCCUCCACGAACUCCAGUGAAAGUUGUGCCUCAAAUUAGAAUAGAACUUGAGCCUGAAGACAAUGGUUAUUUCUGGAGGAGCAGGGGAACAGAAACUACUUUGUAACUUUUUUGUUUGUUAAACUUAUACUGAACUUUUUUUUGUCACCAGCCAAAUAUUAAAAUGCUCUCUGCUUCCCUGCCGCAUAGGUAAAUCUGACACACACUGUACCUUCCCUCUACCUUUCUCACCCAGUUUUUCCACUCACCAACAUUCGUUUUUGCCUUCUGUCACUCAGACACUCACGCAUCUCUCAUAUUUUUUAAGCAGAGGGCAGAAGUAUUAAGGAUAUAUUAUAAAUACCGUUGUGAAAUGUCAGAGGAACUGACAUUACCUUAGUUGUGAAUCAGUGUUUGUUUUUCUUUUUUCUGUCUGGCAGAACAAAACUGACCUCCAGGCUAAUUCAAUGUCUUUACUACACUACUGGAAAGUGCUGCUAUACUAACUUGCUCUUAAAGUCUAUACUUGUAGUGUCAAGAGAAGGAAAUCUUAAAGGUACUUCACUCCCAGCACAGACAAACUAUUGCCAGCGUUGUAGCUUGUGUUCUGAAAUGUCCCUUUCCUAUGCAACUUUUUUUUUAAACACUUUAAUGGACUUAUCUGUCAGGUACACUGAAGAGUGUUAUUUUCCUAGAUUAUUUUGUUUAAAUUAUGGGGCCUAACCUGCAACUUUUUUGUCAAUUUUUUAAACUUUUUUUUAAUUACUGUAAAGAAAAAUGAAUUUUUCCUGCAGCAGGAAACAUAUAGUUUGGAGUAGUUCUACCUCUUAUUGCUAGAUGCCAGGCUUUCUGUCAAAAUGUAUUGUAUGAUAUAUAAUGUGAUUUUUACAAAAAUUACACAAUCUCCAAGUCAUGGCAUAGGGCUGGAUCAGUUUUAAUAAUACCUUCCAUCUGAAGCCUCUGUUUGUUUUUAAAGACUCUAGCUGUACAUGAAGGUGACAGGAUGUAGGUUAACUCUUGUGUGGUUUAGGAAGAGACUUGCAUUUAAUGGCAAUAACUGAUGUACUGACUGGUAGUGUCAGUGGACAGAUGCUGAUUGUAUUAAUUUUGUUGCUUUCCAAUACAGUACAGUUAGAAUUAUUUCAUGUACAGACGUGUGUGGCUGUACACAUUUGCAUGUAAUACAGCGUGGGCACCAUGAUCAUAUGGUUAAGAGGAAGAUAGUUUUUAAUCUUACUUAUCUGGAUAUAUACAUCCAUAACAUUUCCUACUUAGGAAAGCCACCAAUCAGUCAUGAAAGUCUACACUCUGAAUGCAGAUAACUGUACUGUACUCCCCCAGAUCCAUUCACCAUUGUGUAUAGAACUUAGAAUCCACCAUGACAAAGAUACCAUUUAGAAUGCAUCUUUUUAAAUGGAUACAAUAUCCACAUUACUUUGCUUCUAAACAAAGCAGGCAAAUGUCACUUUGAAUGAGAUUUUUUUUAUCCUCUCUUGUAUAUACUUUAAAAAAAUAAACAUACCAAACCAUUUUGGAAAUUGGGCAUUACACUGACCUUUAUCCAGGUGACUGUCUGACAAGGUUCCAUUGUACACACAGUAUGCUCUGGAUGUGCAUUAAAUGUAGCACACAGUCAUGGCAUCGUUUAUCCUCCCUGGGGGACUCUUAGUUGCUACUCAGCUAGGGGUCUGCUCCAAUUUCCACUCCAUUGUUCCUUCAAGGGCCCCAUGCAUAUCUUUCCAGCCCCUUCGCCCACCCUACCAACAGGGGUUCUAGAAGAGCCCAGAUGCUCAGACCUUCCCAGCUGGUUUUUACCUCCAAACUCCUCUUCUCUUGGGGAACAAUCAGGAAAUGCUGACCCUGUUGACAGCAUCUUACCACCUGUUUCUCCACAGCAUUUGGAGAGGAGACUGGGCACAAGAUAGCACUGUUUCGGGCAGAGACUUUUAUAGGGUCAAGAAACCCAGGGAUUGGCACUCCACUUCUAUUUGCCCCUCUGCCAGAUCUACUGUGUCUGUGAAUGAAAGUGAAGAGAACAGUCUGGCCCCUAGCCAUUGAUAGUAGCCGCACCUCGGAGGGGUGUCGGAAGUGUGGUAGCAUGCAGCUGCUCCUGUUGAAAUCAAUGGGAGUCUUGCCACAGGCUGGGUUUCCUCCUAGUGGCUUUAAGGGGCUGGCCUAAUAUUUGAUACCAUGUGCAUUUAAAAAAAAUAACCUGUGCCCCCCCACAAGCUACUUUCUAACACUUUGUACUCGAUGCCUCAGGGGAAAUGAAACUGCUGCAAGAGGACUAAUGGCCUGCAAAGCUGUAAUGAAAAUAACACAGCCCAUCUUCAACUAAAAACAUCAACGUCAUGAGAGUUCUGAGACCCGAUAGACCAUAUUUUAGCCUCCCAUCACUAACAGGCACAGAAUAGUGUAGAGGGUUUUUUUUUCUUCGUCCAAAUGUGCUAUAGCAGUCUCUGGAAAUGUUAUUUUUAAAUAAAAUGCUGUAUUAAGACAGCCGAAAUAUGGACCAUAAUAAUUGCAGCCUGACCUUAUUAGGGCUGUUGGGCAGGUAUAACUGGCAUUGCCCUGUUGACGCUACACCAGUUUGCACCCAUCCAGAAACCAGCCCAUUAUUCUCUGACUGUCACUGGUAUUAUUUACGAGCUACACCUAUAACACACCAGUGUAUCAUGUUUAGCAACAACAUUGCACAUUAGAAGUUGGGGGAGGGGUGGUAAAUACUUUUUUUUUUUAAAAUGCCAAAUUCAGCAUCCCACCUUACAUCAGCAUUUAAAAAACAAAUAUACACCCUCCCCCUCCAAAGGAGGGGAUCUAAGGUCCAGCCCGUGGUCAGUCCAAAAAGUUAGUUCUGCUUUAGAGGGACAAAAUAAAGAGUAAUUAGCUAUCACUUGGAAAGUUCUGAAAAUUGGUGACCGUGACAAAGGGAAGGAAAUGCAGCCUUCCUUCCUUGGCAGAUUAGCAUCCAAUAAACAGUCCAACCCUGAUUCUCCUAAGUGACAGCUGAAACCUUCAGGAAGGGAGUGUAUAUUGCCUUCAGCUAACCGAGCUGCCCAACUGGAGGAUGGAUACUUAGGGUUGUGCUGUGUAUCUGGAUGUACUAUGUUAAUUUAAAACAUAAAACACUUUUCAUUCCUCUAUAAAAAUCACAACCCACUAUAAUGUGAAACAACAGAGCCAAGUACCAUGUACAAAGUAUGCGUGUGUAGGAUUUUGUUCUCUUCUGCUCAGACCCUCUGAUUUUGGUUUAGAGAAACCCACAUGUGCUUGCUGAGGAAGGAUUGAAAUAAAUUAAUUUGUGUUGGACAACAGCAGAUUUUUUAUUUUUUUUAGAAAAGCACUGAAGGAAGAGAGAAUAAGAACUGCUUACAAUGCACCCUCCCGCCCCCACACACAUAGCAGAGCAAAUCUUUACAUUUGCUAUUACCUGGUGAUCAAUCUCCAGAAAAUGAGGUCUUCCACUUUUGAACCAUGUUAAAUGUACUUGAAAUGUAUUGACUGCUGAUUUCUGUCGUCUUCUUUGCUUUAACAGAUUGAGCUCUUGUACAGAGGGUGACACUGUUUAGGGAUGGGAUUAAAAAAUAAUAAUCAAAGAUUGGUAUUUUUCUCAUCUAUACACAUUUAAUUCCUUUGUGGCAGAAGCCUGGGAUUUUUCACGACAGAGCACUAAGAUGAAAGGUUUUUGUUUGAAACAAACAAACAAACAAAAAAAAGACCUGCUGGCUCCAAAAGGUGAAAUGCAGCAAAGUGGCCCUUUGAUAGCAUCAGCCUAUCUAGGGUCUCAUGAACUAGCAUUUCAUUGCACUCUUUCAGCCUUGUGACACUAAAUAGCAAUUAUGUCAAAAAAUCGUGGCGGUGUUUGGAUGGGGGAAGUUUGGCUCACCAAAUUUAUGUUUUGAGAGUGCGUUUAGGGGCUGAAUCAAAAUCCACUGAAAUCAAUGAGCACCCUUAAUGAGAUGAGCUUCUGCUACUCAGGGCUAAUAUUCUCCAGUGAAACUUUACAGCUAACUCUGUCCCAGACCUACAAUGUGAAAAUGGUGAUUGUCUCCCUCUGUCUCAUCUUUGUAGCCAUUCCUAUGGCUGAUACAUAUAUGUAUUCAUUACAUUUUUGGAAUCAACACGCACUUUCAGAUACUUCUAUUAUUUUAAAUCCUCUUAAGUCUGUAUUUGCUUUGGAGGAGAGAAUAAAAACUUAUUUUAAAAUGAAGUAGAUCAAGAUGGUGGAACAAAAAGGAAAAAAGCAGAAAACAUUUCAAUAUAUUAAUGAUUUUUUCCAGUAAUAUAAAAACGUGAAAUUCCUUAUAACAUUAUAGUAUUUUACAGUUUUAUGAAGCUUUCUAUUGUGACUUUUAUGGAAUCAAGAGAUGAACAAGAUGAGAUAUUUUAGCAUUUAUAUUUUUCAAAAUUAAAUGUGUACUGAAAAUAAAGUAACUUUAUGCAUUUA